AUGAACCGGGAAAAUAAACCCCCUGGGGUGACCUAUCGACACCCAGGGAAGAACCACCGACCCUCGGGGGAGAAUCGUCCAUCCUCCGUGCCAGCCCAUCGCUAUGCCAACGCCCUUACCAAUGACGAGAAUGAAACUGUCUUCCGAUUACUGGGACCCCGCUGUCAGUCUCAGGCAACCGGUGUAGUGCAGGUGUUUGGGACGGAGCCACCUUACCAUAACUCGUGGCAUCAGAUGUUCGCUGGUGUGGCUACUUUUACCAAGGACAACGAGCGUAAAUCUUUCUACAUUCAGGUGUAUGACAUAAUGGAGAAGAAGAAGAGAUUGGAGCAGGAAAUAUACAAGGAUUUUGAGUACCACACUUCAGUCUCCUUCUUCCAUCAGUUCGAGGGAGAAGACCGGAUGAUCGGGCUGAACUUUUGUGACGAAGGUGAUGCCCAGGGCUUUGACAACGCCAUUAAAACCCUCAUCAAUAACAGGAAACGUAGGAGGGAAGGUUUAAAGAGCAAAGAAAAGUAG